UCUAUGAUAUUCUCUGUUGCACUGGGGCACACUAGCAACCAUUUCUCUGGACAGGAGACUGCAUUGUCCUGUUCAGGAUGUCCUCAACUUUUAAUCAUCGAAAGGGCAAGUGGAGUAAGAGAGAUGGACGUAUUGUUACAGACCUUGGGAAGCACACACGAAGAUUACAAGAUAAGAAGGAAGCAGUUCAAGAGAGAACUUUUACCAAAUGGAUAAACAUGCAUUUGAAGAGAUGUGACCCACCUUUGCAGGUUCAUGAUUUAUUCACUGACGUUCAGGAUGGAAAGAUUCUCAUGAUUCUCCUUGAGGAACUAUCAGGCUGUAAUAUGCUUGAUAGAUUCAGGCCGUUUCCACAUCGCAUUUUCAGACUAAACAAUAUUUCAAAGGUGCUGAAUUUCCUCGAGGAUAGAAAUGUGAGUCUUAUAAAUAUUGACGCUAAUGAUAUUGCGGAUGGUAAUCCUUCAGUUGUUCUCAGGCUAAUAUGGAACAUCAUUGUGUACUAUCAGGUUAAGCAGGUCACAGGUAACCUGGAGAGGAAUUUUUCUUCUACCGUAAGUCUUCUGUCUUUACCUUGUGGCAGUGACUCUUCCUGUUGUAGUUCCCCAACACCACCUGGAGAUGACACUUUUGGCUCUCCAUUAGCCUCAAAAGGCAAAAGGUCAUCUCAAAAUCUCAAGUACCGUGGUACAGCCAUAAAGACUCUGCUUAGCUGGACACAGAACUGCACAGCAAAAUAUGGUGUGGAAAUUCAUGAUUUUGGUAAAAGCUGGAGAAGCGGUUUGGCAUUUCUGGCACUGGUUAAAUCAUUCUGUCCUGAGUUUGUGGACAUUCGGAAAGGUUUGUCCUCUGAGCCCCGACUAAAUAUGGAGACAGCCUUCACAGUGGCACAUGAGCAGCUGGGGAUUCCUCCACUUCUGGCUCUAGAUGAUAUAGCAGUGCAUUCACCAGAUGAGCAGUGUGUCAUCACCUAUGUGGCCCAGUUUCUUGAGUGUUGUCCAGGCCAUGACAUGGAUGAUGCGUCCACAGAUUCCUCAAGAGAUACACCAAACUCCAUUGAAAGAUGGGACAGCUCUUGGGCUGUUUCAGCCAGCUGUGUGUUAUCAUCCAAAAUAUCUCUUGAGGCUUUGACAGGCCUCCAUAAUAUUUCUGAGACCAACCAAGAAGAUUCACAGUAUCUGACCUCUACAUGUUUCAGAUCUCAGGAAAAAACUUACCAUACUCCACAGCCCUGCUCACAGUCACUUCCUAUCACACCUAUGGGUUUAGAUUCAGUGUCUGAACAUUUCCACCCCAUGAAGAGUUCAAACAGGAUACAUGGACAAUCCCUCUCUGACUCCACAAGGGGGCAAUGUUGUGACUUCUUAGAGUGCAUGAAGAGCCGGGUGGAUUACAGGAACUGUUCAGAGAUAUCAGGCCAGGGCGUUUUUACUAUGUCAGUGCUGGAUUCAGAUGAGGAGGAUGCAUACAGCUACAUCUUAGAUCUGGACCAUAAAGAAGCUGGACUAGAUUCUGCAUCAAAUGCAGACAUUGAAUUUAGUGCAAUUAUGGAUGCACAUGGAAUAGACUUUGAUUUAAAUGUUGCUAGUACAUGUGACUCUCAAGGAAAUGGAAUAAACAACUCUUUUUGUCAUUUUUGCGAGACACAGAGACAUUUAGUGGAAAUGGAUAUAUUGAUGAGGUCAAGUAAUGAGAACAACAUCCUUGUAUCCCAGAGGAAAUGUGACUCUGAAGAGACUUCACCUCCAGAUCCAGAGCAGCAUGACUAUGGAGUGAACAUCAAUGCUUCCCACUCUUUGGUGAUAAAUCAGAUUGGUACAAACAACCCAGAUAAGACUGUCAUAUUAUCUAGUGAUGAACAUAUGGAUUUUGACCUUUCUUCCAAAAUGAAUAAUAUUCACUCUGACAAUUUCAGUGAUGGUGCAUCUGUUCAGGUCGAAAACGGUCUAGAUAAGGCUACUGUUGUAGAUGACCACUGCCCCUGUGUAGUGAAAGAUUCUAUAUUAAAUAGCCUAUUGGAUAAUGACCCAUAUGAGCAAAUCAGUGUUUCAAAUCAAAGUUUGGUGGAUAGGAAGACUGGAGAACACACAGUAUCACAAACACCAAGGGAGGUGGAAGGGCUACACAUGCUUCUGUUCCUGUGGAUGAUCACCUAUUGCAUCUUUAUGUGUCCUCAACUGGACAUAUUCAGUCUCCUGAACCCAAACUAGUAAUCAAAAAGACAUUUACAAUUACAAGAAUAGUUGCAAAAUAUAAUUUAUUGGAUGCGCACACUUACACACAGGGUGAGAGAGAGAGAGAGAGAGAGAGAGAGAGAGAGAGAUUUAUCCCCUUUCUGUUUCUAAACAAGUUUAGGAUUAAUGCGAAAAACUGUCAUCUGAAGUAAGUGUGGUGACUUAUUGGAUUUACAGGUGAUGAUGGGUUAGGAUUUACAGUGGAGUAUGUGGAUUUCUUUUUUUAUGAAUGUUUUUUUUCACCACAAGAUACUCGGGCCAUAAGUAUUGCCGUUUAUAUCUUUAAAGGGAUCAUAACCUUUUUUUUCUCAAUUUUUCCCCCCCUCUGAUUUCCACUAAUAAUGCAACAAAACCAACAAUUCAGCAAUAGUUUUACAUGACCAAUUUCUACCCUCUCUUUGACCCUUGGAACUAAACAAGCUUUUUGAAACAUCUUCACAUGUGAAAAACAAAACAACAACAACUAAGCCGUGGCAACACUAGGCUUAGAGCAUGCAAAAUUACUUAAGACAACGAAACGGACAGGAUGUUAUGUUAUGCUCGUGAGCUUCUAGUUUAAAUAAAAUAUAUAUCACAUAUAACAAAAACAUUAUAUUUAAAUAUUCCACUAACUUUUCAGCAACACUAAAAAGAUGCAGUUUUCAAACUUGUCAGUGUGUGACAUUUCAAUCUUGUAUUGGUUACAUGUCUACUUGUCAUUUGCAGGUCCCCAAACUUGAAAUUUUGCAUGCAGCAGAAAUGUGAAAUGUAUUCGCAUGAGCUUGUGUUUCCGGUUUCCUGCAUUCUCUCACUCAAAAAAAGAAAAUUCAGUAAUUGUUUACUCACCCCUGUGUUGUUAUAACCCUAUAUGACUUUCUUUCUUUUUCUUAA